AUGUCGUCGUCUACAUCAGUGAAAAUGGUGAAGUUCAACAAUGGCCAACAGUAUCCAAUCUUAGGUUUGGGAACUUGGCAGGCCACACCUGAAUUAAAAGAAUUUGAACAGACAGAGAUUUACGAUGCAGUAAAAAGUGCAAUUGAUAUAGGAUAUCGUCAUUUUGAUUGUGCAGCUUUUUACAAUAAUGAAAAUUCCAUAGGCAAGGCUAUUGCUGAAAAAAUUAAAGAAGGAGUCAUAAAAAGAGAAGAAUUAUUUAUUACUAGUAAGCUAUGGAAUAACAAACAUAAACCCAAAGACGUGGAAGUUACAUUGAAGAAUAGCUUGCAGUUAUUGGGCUUGGAUUACCUAGAUUUAUAUCUUAUUCAUUGGCCAGUUUCAACCACUGAACAUCCGAUUGCGAAAGAUAGUGAAGGGCGAUUUAUUGGCACUGAUGAUUCUUAUUUAGACACAUGGAAGGCUAUGGAACAAUGUGUCCAAUCAGGACUUACAAAAUCAAUAGGAAUUUCAAAUUUUAAUAUUAAACAAGUGAAAGAAAUUUUAGAAAUAGCAACAAUAAAACCAGUUGUUAAUCAGGUUGAAAAUAAUCCUUAUAUAACUCAAAAUAAACUUAAAGAGGUUUGUGAGAGUAAUGGAAUUCUAUUAACUGCUUAUGGACCUUUAGGAUCGCCUUACAGAGGUGCAAACUCAAAAGGAUUAGUACUUUUAGAAGAACCAAUUAUUAAAACAAUUGCCGACAAGUAUGCGAAGACCAAUGCUCAAAUAUUAAUACGUUUUCAGGUUCAAAGAGGUGUUAUAGUCAUACCCAAGUCAUCUAAUCCAGAAAGACAAAAACAGAAUUUUGAUGUCUGGAAUUUUGAAAUGAGCAAGGAGGAAAUGGAUUUACUGGAGUCAUUGAAUCAGAAUCUACGUUAUGUUCUUUUGGAACCAGGAAUGCACUUGAAAGACUAUCCAUUUAACGAAGAACCUUAA